CCCCCCCCCCCCCCCCCCCCCGCUCCGUCCCGGAACCGCCCCGCCUUGCCCCGCCGCUCCGCGGGCAGUUGCCGUUUUCAGGGGAUUUCGGAGGAGGGGGGUCUGCUGGUGGGUCGGAGGCUCCAAGCAGGGUAGGCGGCGACGUUGGAUGGAGAUGGGGGCCGCGGUGGAGCCACCGAGGGCGGUCGGCGCGCGGAGGUGCAAGGUGCUGGUGCCCUGGCGCUUCCAGCGCGGCAUCGUCAGGGAGCCGCUCAUGCACGCCGCCGCCGUAGCACCCAGCUGCCGCGGCGGUAAGACCGUCGGUGAUCCGGGAACGGAAAAUUGCGGAUCGGGUGGGGCGGCGAGCAGCGGUGGUGAGACCGUCGGCGUCCGGGACGCGAAAGAUUGCGGAUCCGGUGGAGCGCCGAGCGGCGGCAAGAGUGGGGCGGUUGGUGGUGGAGAGCGGCAAUCAGAGGGAUGCACUCCCAGGCAGAGUUUCAAGAACCCUGAUGUGGAUAAUGGGGGCCGCCCUGUACCCGAAAAUGCCUGCGAUCUGGGCAAGUCUGGCAGGGAUGGCGGGGCGAAGAGCCCCCGAUUGGAUGAAACUGGAAAUAACAGUGUCGCCAAUGUCGUUGAAGCUGGAGUGGACUGCAAUUUGGGGAGCGACAAUUGUGAUGGCAGUGUCAAGGACGUUGGUACACAGGAUUCAAGGGGUACUGGCGAUGGAGCAGCUUGCGACCCUGAGGUGGCUGGGAGCAAUGUAGAAGUGAAGAAGUGCUUUGCUGAAGGUUUGAAGGAGUCUUUUGUGGAUCAGACUGGAUUAAAGAGCAAUGAUUCUUCUGCUUCAGAUCUCAGGUCGGAGGACCCAGAAAUAAAUGUUGGGUUGGGAGAUUCUGCUUAUCACACUGCAACAGAGUGUCGCACGGGAGAUGGGGCGGCCAAGGGGAAUGAUGCAGCAGCCAAAGGUUGCAGUGCUGCAACUCCUGAUGACAAUGGUAAUGGAAUAUAUUGCCGCAAGGGUCGGAAGGCAGUCGUACCAUGGAGAUUCCAGGUUGGGUACAAGCGAUCAUUCUCCAAAGCUUUUGGCUCUGAUAAUGGAUCUCCUGAUUGUCCAUCAUAUGGGUUUGAUCUUGAUGACAGUUCAACUCCAGCAACUAGAAGCAGUGUGUGGUACUACGCAAGUGCUCAUUCUGGUGUUAGAGUUUCAGCUAUGCGUGACUUCUCCUCAGUGGAAGGUGCAAAUGAGACUGGUUCUGAAUGUAAGAAGAGGAAAACCAAUAAUGAUGAUCAGGAUAAAGGAAUGCCAGGUGUCAUCGUUCGAGAGAGCAUCAUGCGGUCUCUGCAGGAUUUCCGGUUAAUUUAUCGGGAGCUUUUAGAUGAAGAAGAAGAGAAUUCGAGGGAAGAAGUGCUUAACGUGCGGCCUGAUCUACAGGCUUACAGAAUUUUCAGGGAGCGGUUUUCCACAGAGUGUGAUGAUAAGAAAUAUAUUGGCAGUGUGCCUGGAAUCUAUCCUGGCGAUAUCUUUCAUUUGAGGGUAGAGCUUUGUGUUGUUGGUCUCCAUCGUCCGCAUCGGUUAGGUAUUGAUUAUACCAAGAGGCAUGAUGGGACUAGUGUCGCUAUUAGCAUUGUCUCUAAUGCACAAUCUUACGACAACAAUUAUAAUCUGGAUGUCUUGGUGUAUUCUGGAUCAGUGGCAGUUACAGUCAAUCAGAAGAUAGAGGGUACGAACCUGGCGCUGAAAAAGAGCAUGGACACUAAUACGCCAGUUCGUGUUAUCCAUGGAUUCAGCACUGUUAAUGGAAAAAAGAAAUUCCCUAUUUAUAUAUAUAGUGGUCUAUACCACGUGGAGAAGUACUGGAGGGUGAAAGAGUGUGAAGACCGUUAUGUGUACAUGUUCCGACUGAGAAGAAUGGAAGGACAGAAACACAUUGACAUCAAAGAAAUUCUGCAGACAGGGAAGUAUGGAUCAAACACUAGUAUUAUCAUCAAAGAUCUGUCCCAAGGACUGGAGAGGGUCCCUGUAUCUGUUGUUAACAAUAUAUCCGCUGAGUGCCCAAUGCCAUAUCGCUACAUGUCACGCCUUCAAUAUCCCCGUAACUAUAGGCCAACUCCACCAGCAGGCUGUGGUUGUGUAGGCGGAUGCUCAGACUCAAAAAAAUGCGCAUGUGCUAUGAAAAAUGGUGGAGAAAUCCCUUUCAAUGAUAAAGGCCGCAUUGUAGAAGCAAAACCUCUCGUUUAUGAGUGUGGGCCUUCUUGCAAGUGCCCUCCUACAUGUCACAACAGAGUUGGCCAACAUGGCCUCAAGUUCCGGCUGCAAGUCUUCAAAACAAAAUCAAUGGGUUGGGGUGUGAGGACUCUUGACUUCAUACCAUCUGGGAGUUUUGUGUGUGAAUAUAUCGGAGAAGUGCUGGAGGAUGAAGAGGCACAAAAAAGGACGACUGACGAGUACUUAUUUGCUAUUGGUCACAAUUAUUAUGAUGAAUCUCUUUGGGAGGGACUAUCAAGAUCUAUACCCUCACUUCAGAAGGGUCCGGGUAAAGAUGAUGAAGCUGGAUUUGCUGUUGAUGCUUCAGAAAUGGGAAACUUUACAAAAUUUAUCAAUCAUAGUUGCACCCCCAACCUCUAUGCACAAAACGUCCUCUAUGAUCAUGAAGACAUCAGUGUGCCUCAUAUCAUGUUCUUUGCUAGUGAUGAUAUUCGGCCCAAUCAAGAACUGGCAUACCACUACAACUAUAAAAUAGAUCAGGUUCAUGAUGCAAAUGGUAACAUUAAGAAGAAAAAAUGCCUUUGUGGUUCAGUGGAGUGUGAUGGCUGGUUGUAUUAAGUUUAGAAUGUGCAGUAUUUUUGGCAUAGCUGUACUUGUUUCAUUUAGUCUGCUUUUAGAAUUUUUUUUAUGGUUACAAAUGCAAGAUGGACAUCAAUGCUUUGGUUAUCAUUGGGGUAAGGUGUUUCCUUCGCUCCCGUCCUAUUCGUUAUUUUGUAUGUCUAACAAUAAAUGUGUAGACAAUUGUGCACAUAUACAUCCCAAUCAGUUUGUGGAUUUUCUAUUUUGACAA